GGAAUAUUCCAGCGGAUUUACCGUCGCUCUUUAAAAGGACGCGCUGAAAUCGCACUGGGCAAACUUGACAGCUGUUGUUUGUGUAGUGAGCCGGAGACAAUCAUGAUCCUCCUGACUCCCUCCUCUGAUGAAGAGUCUCUUGAACUCGCCUGGCUUUGGAGUCACGGGAAGUUCAGGGUGAAAAUCUCGUGAAAGGUUGCUACUGCAACGAUUAAAAAUAUCAAAAUUUGCAGGUCAUUAUCUGUGCAUAUUGUCUUGGACAGCACCAUGACUUGACAGAAAAAUAAUACGCUUUACAAGGAGGAGGAGGAGGCUAACAGAAAACAAAGAUUUCUUUGUUUGUUGUAAUCAAAAAAGACAAAUCCGAUCUGAUUUGUGGGGGCUGAUUUUGGCUGGAGUGAGGCAGUGUCAGCAGGCUUCCAUGCUGCUGAUGAUGAUGAUGAUGGAAAAAGUAGCUUUUUUCUAUCAUUCACAAAGCAAAUAUUCACCUCACUACAACAAAAACGUCACAUUGCAAAACUAAUUUAGCCUAAAUUGAUGAUUGAAGCAACGAUGCAGUGCUGUGAAAAAAGAUCAAUCUCCUCCUGAUUUAGUCUUUUAUGUAUCCACCUCACUGUAAACAAAGUGAUAAAAGAACAUUUAGAACUGAAGUAAUAACCUGUUGUAGACGUGCACACCCUAAAUGUCGUUUGUUCUCUUUAGUCAAAUAACACCCUAAGUAGAUCAUUUGUAGAAAAAUAAAGUUUACUUCCGGGUUAAAACAGUAGCUCACUUUUCCAGCUGUCAGCCUGAAAAGGUUUACAAAGCUGCAGGAUUCUGUGAGGGAUGAAACGAACUGAAGGAAUCCUUCACCCUGACUGUGGCAACGAUGAGAGAAAACCACAGAACUAACACAAAAGAACAGAGAGUUGUUUAUGCACCAUGAUGGGUCUUCUUCAGUCAAGCACGGCGGUGGUAGUGUAACGAUGUGGGGCUUAUCAGUGUUGUGGAUCCGGUUCAGGUCAUUCAACACCAGAGUUUCCUAGUAAGGGUAAAAGAAACGUUACUUCUGAAUCAAGUUUGCCAUCCCAUACUGCACUGAAGCAGUUUUGUGAACCAAAAUGGAACAGUCGGCGUAUUCGGUUAUCACCAUUACCUUAAGCCGGGCAGACACUGUGCGGUUGUCGGCUCGUUUUGAACCGAUUUUCCAGUCGUGCGACUAUUUUUUGGAUCGGGCCAGAUUUCGACCCAAUCGUUGGUCGUGCCUUGUGCAGUAUACGUGGGGUAACGACGAGAGAUUAACACCUCACGACGAGAGAGUAACACCUCACGACGAGAGAUUAACACCUCACGACGACCUCACGAAUCGUGUGCUCGCAAGAAAAUCAAACGUGUUUGAAAUCCUGGUCGCUCCUCGUGAAGGAAUCGCACAGUUGAAGCAGCUACGACCCGAUUGGACUCAUCCUUUCACAGAGAGCAUGCACAAUCUCUGAUGUCACGUCAAAAACUAUUAUUUGUAGUUUAAAGUGUUGCAAAUUCACAUUACACAUCAUGUUUUAAUAGCGGAAAAAACACCACAUUUCCCACGUCUGCCCAGCCAAUUCCUUGUCCAAUCACGUCUAACGUCUAAUCUUUUUUCAUUUAUCGCCAAACAGAAUGGCACAAAUUGCUAAAGGCUGAUUUAUGGUUCCGCGUUACACCAACGCAGAGCCUACGGCGUAGGUUACGCGGCGACGCGCACCGUACGGUUACGCCGUCCAUUUAACGCGGAACCAUAAUUCAGGCUUAAGUUUGUUUUUGCUGAGCAUCUUCGGUGUCUCCCACUUCGGGGUUCCUCCUCUUCCACUUCUUUUUGACGUUGCAGUUCCAGUAACAGAAGUCCGACGUGAGGAUUAUGAUCGUAUAGUGUGAGCAGACGGGUCGCAUCAGAGCAUCGGGUCGUACAGUGUGAGACUCAUGGGCUGUGAACUUUUGAACUCCGCGAUCUAGUCGUGCAGUUUGAGAUGGAGCUGAAUCAAACAAUUUAAAAUAUCGCACAGUGUAUGCCCAGCUUUACUUAAAUAAAUAAAUACAAGUAAUAUGUAAAACUCCUGUUUUAUGCUUGACUGUGUCAAAGAUUCUAAAAGGGUCACAAAAACUGAACAAAUCAGGAGGACAUUAAUCAUUUUCUUCACAGCACUUUAUAAAGUCUUGCCAUUAACAACAUGACCCUCUGAACUUAGUGUUUGAGAAUAAACUGCAUGCUAAUAAAAACACGAAAACAAGCUGUAGAGUUACCCCCCAUGCCACUUUCACCAUUAAAGCCCAGGCCAAAGUGGCAUUAAUAGAUCCGGUUAGCCAUGUGAGUGCUGGCACGUCCUUGUGUAAGGUCAGUGUGUAGUGUGUGUCAACGCAGUAGGUCCAUCUCACCGUCACCGUAGCCAGUAGGGCAUGUAGCCUUCCCCUAAAUGUUCUUAGCCUGUUCCCCACACCGCUAUUUCAGUGUUUUUCACCCCAAAUGCGACACACACUUAUAUGCUAACACUUCACCUGCAUCCUGUUCAGAUAAUGAUAUUUUUCUUUCAGAAUUUUAGCUGUUGAUAUUCAAGUUUACUGCAUGUCACUGACUGCUUUUGUAACAGUUAAAAUGUGUAAUUAAUUACUGCUUAGAUACCAGCAAUAAUUGGUAGAUAAUGAAGCACUGGUUACUGCUGCAUGCCCUAGGCUACACACAACUGACUGAUUGAGUUUUUACAGCAACACGUUUUUUUUUAUUCUUUUGAAAAUGGAUGAAUGUGUCGUAAGGUCGGUCCCCAUCAAAAAACAUGCAUCUUGGUAAGUCAUACUUUUUUUCCAUAAGAUGGGGAAAAUCAAUUUUGAAGUAAAAUUUUCAGUGGUGGGACUCAAUUAAAAAAAUUUGUCUAAUUAAUGAGAGGCUUUGUAAUUAAUUAAUCGCAAUUAAUCGCAUAUCAAUAUUUGACACGAGAAGCAACGUUUUUAAAUUUUUUUUUUCCAUUCAAAUUGUUAUUUGGAACAAAGGUGAUACAUGUUAUACAAUAUUGCAUGCUUACAUCAUGUCCCUGUUUAUAUAAAUAAAAGUAAAAUAAAAAAUAAAAAGAAGAUAACUCAUUCAUAAAGAGAGGGAAAAGGGAGAAAAAUAAUAUAAAAGGGAAGGGGAAAAAAAAAAGUAAAAAUAAAAAACAUUUUUCAAUUUAAAUGGAUUUUGUAAAUUCUUUCUUGCACAAUUUGCAGACAACUGUGCUCUUAUCAAGGUUUCCACUCGGUAGCUUUUUAAAACUAAAAUUGUACUGUGCAUCAGUAUUACGGGAACUCUUUUGCACUCCUAACAGUGCGGAACAAUGAGAAAUGUUCCGCACUGUUUAAGUGCAAAAGUAAAUUGCGAUUUAAUGCGUUACUUUUUUUUGUCGCGUUAUUUUUCUGUAAUUAAUAAAUCGUAAUCAACGCGAUAAAGUCCCAGCCCUAAAAAUUUUGUUUUACAUAGCAUAAACAAUCGCCAUGCAGCAUAUGAUAAAAUAUCCUCCAGUACAGAUCACCUUUAUAUGGACUACAACAUUUUCUGAAGCUUUAACGUUACUUUCCCAACUGAAGUUUGACCCAGAACGAGAUAAUUAUAAAAAUUACGGACAUAUAAUUCAAAGAAGUGGUUUGAUGUGGUCAUCCGAUCACAGUAGGGGUUACUGAGCUCACACAGACAACUACUGACUGCUGCUGUUGUUUGGUCUCAGAUUUCUUCCAGUACACCAACAAGAUCUUUCUGAGCGAUCCGGCCACGGGGCUUCAGAUCAAAGAAUUUGCACGUAAAAAUGCAGCAAAUGCUCUGUCGGUGGCCAACAUGGUCAUGGGGAUGGCCUCCAUUCUCUGCAGUCUUAACGGGCACCACCACGCUGCGUGUUGGCUGGUUCUGAUUGGCUACCUGCUGGAUUUGGCAGAUGGAGCCGUUGCCAGGCAACUCAAUGCCUGUUCUGCACUGGGUGCAAAGCUCGAUGACUUUGCAGACUUCACCACCUUCGGGAUCGCUACGUCGCUGCUGCUGCGGACGCCCGACCUGCUGGACAACAUCCUGUGCAUGUGCUACGUCCUGUCCGUGUUUGUCCGUCUUUGUUUCUUUUCAAGCGGAAUCCCGUUCGUGUACCGCGGCCUGCCCUGCAUCUACUCAUCAGCCAUCCUGGCCAGCGCCUCGUUGCUCUCAGGGGGAAACAUGGCCUUGCUACGGGUCAUCGCGGUGGCCAUGAUCCUCUUCAUGAUCAGCCAGAACUUCUACCCCCACGACCGAGUGCUGGAGUCCCAGGCCUGGAAGAAAGCUGUCUAUGCUGGAGGAAUUGCCAUGGUGUUCUGCUCUUCCUUCCCCCCGGCGUGCGUGUACUACCUGCUGUGGUCCGUCUCCUAUAUUUUGUUCCCGACAUCUCUUUGGAGCACAAAAGUGUAAAAGGGCUGCUGGCAUGGUCCAAAUCCUCCACGUAGGUUCCCCUCCGGCCCGCCUGGGCUCACGGAGGCUUAGACUGCUGCUCCUUACUGUCACGCAGCAUCCAAGCUCUAAAUGCUCACACGUUUCACAGGUGAACAUUUGUACUAUUUAACCUUUAUUUUGAUGUGACACCUUGAUUGAAGACUGAGAAUUUGAAUGAGCGAUAAGGAGGACAUUUGAAUGCUUCUUGCUGUCUUCUGUCUUCAUUCCAGAGGCUUUGUCGCAUGCCUCAAAACCACCUUUUCUUCAGUUUUACCUCCUGUUUAAUGUCCUUUUUUCAGUAUUAAUCUUACCCUUCAUGAGUGUUGAAAAAUGUUGCAGCAAGGGACAUCUCCUUCUCAUAGGAUUUAAAAAAAAAGAUAGAAAGGAAGAAAAAAGAACCAAUUUCAGUGGAGAUAACAUCCUCCUGUCUCGUAAGGUUUACAUUUAUGACAGUGGACGCCGUCACAAGAGAAAGAGUUUGAAUGGCCUUAAAUCCAUGACUUUUAGCAGCCUUUCCAGGACUAAGUAUUCCACGUCCUCACAGAUCUAUGUUACUGAGUAAUGGGCAUUCAUAUAGAACCAUCCUGUGUUUGUAUCAGGAUUGUAAUCUUUUCCAUGAUGAAGUGAUCGUAAAAGGAGCUUUUUAACAUAACAAUUCUGUCACUCACCGUACAACCUCAAAUCAGAGAGAGUUGGAACAGUACCAGGGAGAAAACAAAGCAAAACGCUAGUUUUUACAUUUACUAUUUGUAGUUAUUUGCAUUCUGGAUGAACCCCUGAUAUUUUCCAUUAUUUUUAAUUAUCGUUUCAUUUGUUAAUAUAUAUUAAUUUUUGCAUUUCUGGCCAACCACUUUGGAAAUGUUAAUAUGGAGACAAUUCAUGGAUAGUAGAGGGACCGAAGAGAGUACAUUGAGAUUUUAUUCUUUAAGACUACAAGUUUUUCUAUUUUAAAAAAGACGAUGUAAAGCACAAUCACAUAAAGGGACAAAGAGAGUUUUGAAGUGAAAAAUACAACAUUAACCCUAGGCUUUUGCACAACUUAAACGUGUUUUUAAGAAUGGAACAAAAUAACAACUUAAGUGUUAAGUGAGAAAGAAUAACAUUUAUAACGUGGUAAAUGUCCCAAAAUGUGUUGCAGGUCUAAAAUGCAAAGUAGAUACAUGAUAAGAAAUGAAAUUAAGUUGGAAAAAUAAAAAUAUAUAUAUCUUGGGUUCGUAAAGUCUGCAAAAGUAUAAAGGUCAAAGUAGAUGUAAUCAUCACCCUAUUGUCUUGUUCUUUUCCCACUUGUACGGUCUGUAUCAUCCAAACUUUCUGAUUUCAGGGUUGCGUUUGAUUUGCUGUUUCACUGUUUGUUGUAAAUACGUUGAUUUGUAAGUCAGGUGGCCACAACUCCAGCUUUUAUAAAUAUCAGACUUUAGUUUUUGAGACUUCCAGCUUUUUACCAAGUUGUGACUCUGUCCAAGAAAUGUUAGAUGUCCAUCUUUCCUCAAUGUGUGAUUUUUUUUUAUGUGGUCAUUGUACGCGUUUGUCUCUGUUUUAAGAGGCAUUGAAAUUUAAGCAGUAAUUAAAUGCACUCUGGAUCGCCAUCCCAGCUGCAUGUAUGGCUUCACUGCAGGUGCUUUCACAUCUGCAGUCCACGUGGAAAUGCAACUCCAACAACUUUAGCUGUGCAACGACACUUGUUGUCCGUUUGGUGUGGUUCAGUCAGUGUGAAUCGACCAUUUGAGAGCUGAAACAGUCUGAAAACGCUGCCUCUCCUGCCAUCCAGUGGGGGGAAGUUGUCACCGUGCUGUUUGCUGCACUGCAGCCGGCUCUGGCCGGGAUCACAAGGAAGAUGCUGCAGAAACGUCACACCUACCGAUGGAGGACGGGAGAACUGUGAUGACACUCUUUCAACAUGGCUAAUAUUGUUUGAAGGACAUCACUUUUUUGUAGAGCAUUCCUUUUGUAGCAAUCCUGGCGUUACUCAUUAACGGGUAUAAUUUGUGCCUUUGCAUUAUAGGUGACAAAUGGACAAAUUGUAAAGUUUGGUACUGUUUUUGUUCAGAAGCCCAAUGACGAUUUUAGCAGAGGGUUGCAGAAAAAUGUGUGUUCUCAGCUAUAAAAACUAGUGACGUUUGAUUCCAGUCUUUGAACAGCACCAUCCCUAAGCUCAGAAACAAGAUGGACAUCUCUUAUCAUAUGAGUUCAUUCAUUGAAUCAAUUUAAAACUUCAUGAAGCCAUAUUUUAUAAUUUCAGUAAAUUGAGUUUUUGACUGUAAAUUGACUCUCAGAAGGAAUUCUGAUGAGAUGGAGCAGAAUCUCAUAAUUUAGGCAUAUGUUAAAAGCAAAUAUGUAUACUGUUCAUGUGUUCUGGUUUAAUAUUAAUUCAAGUCCACUCUGGUAUUUUAUAACCAUUGUUGUGAAGAAAACUGACUAUAUAAAGUGCACUCAGAGGUCUACUCUUGUAUAUUCAGUAGUGCAUACGGCUUUCCUGUGUGGAUGUUUUUGUUUUUAAACUGUAAAAUCACAGUAAUGUAUGCAUGCCGAGAGCAUUACGAAUACAAAACUGUACUUUCCCUAAUAAUAAAGAGUGAAAAAGAUGA